UUUAUCAUCUGUAAAAGUAAAAAUAUUUUAAGGUUUAGGCUUAAAAUGCUGAAGAAUUUUUGCGUAUAUUCUUUUAUUAGCUUUUUUGCACAGGUUAUUCAACCCUACACAUACCGAACACGGGAUGAAAGUAAAAUAGCAAGAAGGCUGGAACCAUUAACUUGCUCUGGGAGUCCAGGUUACUACUGGUUUUGUGAAGAUCCAGAAUUCUAUCCUGAAAACCAGAUUAUUCAGAUGCUGAAAAACAUGGAGAACCCUUUCUUUAAAGAAAUGUUUAGAGAAAACAUAGAAGCAUAUAAUGCUGCUAGAUCCGCUGGAGAUACAACUACAACUUCAAGAGUACAGUCAGAGAUUCCAAUUAGAUAUUCAACAACAUGGAAGCAACCAAUACCAGAUACAUCAACAUCGAAGCAACCAAUAACAGAUACAACAGCAUCAAAGCUACUAAUACCAGAUACAAUAUCAUCAACGCUACCAUCAACAGAUACAACAACAUCGAAGCGACCUAUAACAGAUACAACAACAUCAAAGCUAAUAAUACCAGAUACAAUAUCAUCAACGCUACCAAUAACAGAUACAACAACAUCGAAGCUACUAAUACCAGAUACAACAUCAUCAACCCUACCAAUAACAGAUACAACAACAGCAAAGGUACCAAUACCAGAUACAACAACAUCAAUGCUACCCAAUCUACCCAUAGAAGCUAAAACAAUGAAUGAACCCGUAGAAGGUACAACAGCAUUAGAGCUACCUACUGAAAUUGAUGGAUACAGCUCAAGGCCUACUGUUGGUAGUUUUGCAGCUGUUCUUACUGGAACAAUUCAGGGAAAUAGAUUUAAUUUCGGAGGGAUUGGAGUUUCCAGACCCUUGAAAAUACGGUUACAGGACGUAAAACUGGGUGCAGUUUAUAAAGAACAUCAUGGUCUACUUAGAGCUAAACCUGGAGUUGAAUCUGAACCCGGAGCUGAAGUUAAGCCUGAUGAUGAACAUGAUGGACACGAACCUUCUCCAGAGUUCCAACUAUGCUCCACCCUGUCCUCCUGGUAUAAACCAAGACAAGCUGCAAAUAUAAACGGAGACUGGAAGUAUAUCAUAAAUCUACCAAACAGUAAAUCUGAAUACUCACAAUAUGUUCAUGUCACAAAAUGCUCCAGAAGUGGGUUUGAUUGUGAUCCAACUGGGCGAAUAAUAAACAGCAGAAUACAAUCAGAGUGCAGGCAAAAGUACAUGAAUCUGAAACUGGUGACACUUGGAUCAGAUAAUACCAGUAUAGAGAUUGAUACAUUCAGAUUUCCUUCUUGUUGUGUCUGCGUAAUAAAGGGGGACCUUCAGAUAUAGAAUGUUAUAAAGUUGUCGAUAUUUUGUAUCUAAAUAAUAAAUUCUUAUAUGAUA